UCCUGCAGCUCCUUUUGGGGAGGAAACAGUGGAUGUGGUGCAGUCCAGAAUGUGGCCUGCCUUUCCCCAGCCUCAGCCUUGUGCUGCUGAAGGUGGCACUUGUCCUUUCUCUCUGGUGAGCUCUGAGCUGACUGCAGGUGAGACUGGUGAAUUGCUCUCCUCUGUUACCUUGCCAUUUCAUGGAUUUUUUCCAUGUGUUUUGCUCCAUUGCCUGGCUGGCAUCACUCCUGUCUGUGAGCUCAUUGACGUGGCCUUGGUGGGUUCACAAGUCAGCAGUGAACAAGUCAGAAAUGAGACGUAAGAACUGCCUGUGAUCCAGUCCUGAAGAGAGUGUGCCCAAAAGGUUCUGCGAGAGAAGGGCACUCCAGCCCUUCACUGAUUCCCACAGCAUCCCCUUGGCUCAUCUCCAGAGCCACACUGGGGAAAAAUAUCUGCAGGGAUGCUUGGUUUGAGCAUAGAGAGGAGAGAUUUGCUGCUUUUGCUUUGGACUGCCCAGCCUUCCCUGGCAAGGUCCUGCCUGGUGUCAUCCCAGCCUCUGCUUCCCCUGGUUCUGGUGUCACCAGACUGGCAGUAAGUGUCAGGCAUGUCCCUAGGCUGUGCUGAUGAGCCCCAUGGCUCUUGUCUCUCUUGCAAGCGACAGCAAUAAAGCAGAUGUGGUUGGCCAGGCCCCUAGAGCAAACCCACAUGCAAUGGGGAAGGGGCUUGGCCAGUGAUUGUGGGUGAGAAGCUGUUUCUGGAGAUCAGCAUGUUAGAUGAACUGUCAACGUCCUCUUGAACAAUGUGGAAUGUGGUUCAGCAUAUCUCUGUAAAGUAUUUUGGGGGCUUUUUAAACCUUUCGGGGAAAGAGACGUUUCACUUCCUCCUGUCAUUGUUUGAGGUGGGCAUUUGUGUCUGUUGACCCAGCGGGCUGUGUUGCCCUUUUCCUCACGGGAAUUUCAAUCCCGCUCCAGCCCCAGCCUGAGGGGUCCACAUGAGCACCAAGCCCGUCUCUGUCCACCCAGGUUUUCCCCAAGAGCCACAUCCUCAGCGCGCUCAAGACCAUCUUUGAGAAGAACGUGCUGGGCUUCGCGGGCGGCACCAUGGGCGCCGUGAACGGCAUGAGGCCCGACGGCGUGCCCGACACCUCCAGCGUGCAGUCCAACGAGGUCUGGGUCGGCGUGGUCUACUCCCUGGCUGCCACCAUGAUCCAGGAGGGCAUGGUGGAGGAAGGCUUCCGUACAGCGGAGGGCUGCUACCGGACGGUGUGGGAGCGGCUGGGCAUGGCUUUUCAGACGCCGGAGGCCUACCGGGAGAAGAAGGUGUACCGCUCGCUGGCCUACAUGCGGCCCCUCAGCAUCUGGAGCAUGCAGCUGGCCCUGGAGCGCCGUGCUGGCCGGGCACAGCUCGCCCAGGGCCACAGCCACCCUUGAGCCUCGUGGCACUGGGCAGGGCACCAGGGGCUGGGAGGUGCAGAUGGCAGGCAGGGACGCUCCCCUCCCUCUCUGUGCUAGUACUCACAUUGCUGUUUUCCUUCCCUACCUCCACUAUGUGCCCUUGACCUCAGAGGGCUUCCAGCUGCUGGUGCUGAGCACAAGGGGGGACCAGAGUUGUGGGGGAUGUCUCCUCAGAGCAUGGUGGCUUAAGGAGUUGCUGCUGGAGCCUGUGCCUCCCCUUCCCCAUCACUCAGGCCUCUGAGAGUGUGCAGGCUGCCCAGCCAUCCCAAACUGCAGCUGUACCUUGCCCAGAGGCACAGGAGACCUCUCUCCUGCAGGCAUUGGGCUGGGUGAGGUGGGCAGCUGUGCUGCAGGGAAAGAAGAGGGUGUGGGUGAAUGUGUGUGUGAGGAUAUUGGAGUGGUGCACUCAGGCACACGGAUGCUGUAGUUGUCCUGGGGUGACACUGCACAUUCUGACGGGCUCUGCCCCAGCAGGGCCUGUGGCAGAUACAA